GAGAGGGCAGGUAGACGGAUUGAGGCCGAGGAAGUGACGUCGGAGAGAGGGCAGGGUGGGUGGAUUAGAGGCUGCCAGAGCCUUCCAGAAACGGGCUGAUCCUUCCAGGCAGGCUUCUGCUCAUUCCGCCAGAGUGAGAUUCCUUAACCACUCGCAAAAUGGUAGAUUACAGUGUGUGGGAUCACAUUGAAGUGUCAGACGAUGAAGAUGACACUCAUCCCAACAUCGAUACCGCUAGUUUGUUCCGAUGGCGUCACCAGGCCCGUGUAGAGCGGAUGGAACAGUAUGAAAAGGAGAAAGAGGAGCAACAGAAGGGCGAGAAUGAAUGCAAGAAGAAGCUAGCCGAUUGUCAGAAGAAGCUGAAGGAGAUGGAGAUCCAGGAAACUGCACAGGCUGAGGCUGAGAGGCUGAAACGAGAGCUGGAACAGCUGAAGAAAGAGGAGAAGAACUGGCGGAAGAAGGAGGAUGAUCUGAAGAAGAAAGAGAAGACCAUGCCAUGGAAUGUGGAUACCCUCAGCAAAGAGGGGUUCAGCAAGAGCGUUUUCAAUGUAAAACCAGAGACUAAUGAAGAGUCUGAGGAGCAGAAAGAACAAAAACACAAAACAUUUGUAGAAAAGAACCUCAAGCAGCUAAAACACUUUGGAAUGCUGCACCGCUGGGAUGACAGCCAGAAAUAUCUGUCUGAUAACCCCCACCUGGUGUGCGAGGAGACCGCCAACUACCUAGUCAUCUGGUGCAUUGAUCUGGAGGUAGAAGAGAAACACGCCCUGAUGGAGCAAGUCGCCCACCAGACCAUCGUCAUGCAGUUUAUUCUGGAGCUGGCCAAAAGCCUGAAGGUUGAUCCCAGGGCCUGUUUCCGCCAGUUCUUCACGAAGAUUAAGACCGCCGACCAGCAGUACCUGGAUGCUUUCACAGAUGAGCUGGAAUCUUUCAAGGACAGAGUUAGGGAACGAGCCAAGGUCCGGAUAGAAAAGGCCUUGAAAGAGUACGAGGAGGAGGAACGGAAGAAGAGACUGGGCCCCGGAGGACUGGAUCCUGUUGAAGUGUAUGAGACUCUCCCACCUGAAUUACAAAAAUGUUUUGAUACAAAAGACAUACAGAUGUUGCAGGACACCAUCAGCAAAAUGGAACCUAAUGAGGCCAGGUUCUAUAUGAAGCAGUGCAUUGGCUCAGGACUUUGGGUCCCAAACGCCAAAGGAGAUGGUCCUGAUCUGGAGGGUCCGGAUGCAGAACCAGUAUAUGAAGAGGCCCAGAAUGCAUCUUCUUAAGUCUGAACAUGGGAAGAAAACGGCAUCUGUCAAUGCAGCUCUCAGUCCGGUGCAAUGAAUAGAUUCGCUCCUCGGCGCUAGAUCACCAUUCAUUAAUAACCCGUAAGAGCAAUCGUGAUUAGCCUCCCUGCAGACUAAGGAACCAAUAAACAGACUGAGGGGAAAAAUAUUCAAGUGCACCAAAAAAAAAAAAAACCCACAUUUGUGAUACUGGGAACACACACAAUAUGAGUGUUUAACACUGAAAUUCUGUUAUUACUUCUAUUCCUAAACUCCAUGAUUUGUGGUGGAGAGAGGAUUUUAAAGCUUUUUUUUUUGCUUUUUUUUUUUUUAUAACCCCUCAGGGCUACAUGUGUUAAACGGCGAGUUACACUGAGCAGAUUAAAUCCUUACAACGCAGAAGCAUGCAGUUAAGGGGGCUGGUCAUUACAGAGGAAUAAUGUUAGUGUGUUGUGCCUAUACAGAGUACUGAGACACGUAUAGCACCAGUCUUAUGUCCCGUGUGGUUGUGAAUCUUUUCUUCGUUAUGCUUCCAUGUUAAUACUAUAGCAAUGAGAAGAUUAUAAAAUCACUUUUUUUCAUGA